CCCCUGCUGCCCCAGUCCGGGCCGCCUGCUUGCUGCCCCAACCCCAGCUGCCCCCGGCUCUGCGGCCCCAACCCCUGCUAACUCCGCCCCUGCUGCCCCAACCCCUUUUGCCCCAACCCCUUUUGCCCCAGCCCCUCUGGCCCCGCCCCGGCGGCCCAGCCAUUGCCUGCGCGCGCGCGGCAUCGGCUCCGUUCUCAAAACACACAAAAUGCGUCGGUCGUGGUCAGUCUGGAGGACCGGAUGGAAAUGUGUCUGAAUCUGUUUUCUCGUGCUGUCACUGCUUAAACCCAUAUCCAUAAAUUGCAUCUCCUUCUCAAUUCUAAUCCAACAGCGGUCGGAUUUUUGCGCAACAUAAGUAGAAAGCACCACUGUUUCGCAUACGUUGUGUUUUCAUCCGCUCGUGCAAUAGAAAUAUUUCAUGUAGUCAAUUUCUGGUUGUUGAUUUUCCCCUAAUUCAGAUUUGUGUUUUCCCACUUCUCGACUAUUCGACCAUACAGACCAGAGCGACAUCAAAAAUGACGAAGAGCGCAGCUUUGAACAAGGCUGCCAAAGCGGGUCCCGUGGCCAAGCCCGCGGCAGACACGAAGAAACCGGCGGAGCCAAAAAAAAAGCCUGCAGAUGAGCACUCCAGGGAAGGUAAGACGAAUGCUCCAGCAGGUCCUCAUCGCGCGAAGGGAAAAGGGGAGGGAAAAAAGGGGACAAAGAAGUCCACUACUGUCGCUGCAGUUUCAGCUGUUUCCAAAACGACCCCAGCGACCGUGGCCACCACGAGCGCCAACACGAUCCGCCCUGCUUCCGCAGGAACGUCCUGUAGGGGGGGUGUUACACGCCUGUCCCACGAGACCGAAAUCCUUGUUCCGCAGUCAUUUUCAAGCCGAAAAACAACUUCGGAAACCCCAGGCAGAACCACUGGAGUCUGGGUGAGCACUAAUCGUCAAGCAAAGGAUUUAAUAUUUUCCGCAACAGCACUUCGCAGCAAGAACGCAGAAGAAAUGAUGAACGAGGAUUUUUACUUCUGUCUGGUGAAGGCGCCCACCUCGGUUCUGAAGGGCGUGAACCGACUAACUGCACUUCCGAAAAGACGGCUGCGCACCAUCCAGGACGCCUUACUCGACGUGAUCAACAGUCAUGCGAAUUACAAUCCAAGCGGGUCAGCUGCAGGAGGAGGAGGAGGUUCGUUGAAAAAUAAAACCCGGCGGUUCAUUUCCCCCUGGCGCACCGACACGAACCAGAAAAAACUUGCGGACGCUAUCAAAGCGGAAUCGAAGCAUAGCAUCGCGCAGUUCAUUGGGUCCGUGGUCAACGAGUUUGACGCCAUUUCCGUAUUGCGAGGAAAAAUCCUCCCUCCCCAUAUUGAAAACGCAUACUUCUGAAAAUUUGUGAUGCAGAUUUGUGACCACAAAUCCUGUCUGUCUUGCGAGAGGGCAAGCCCAGAGAUUCCGCCACAUUAUGCAGGCGGUUUGUAAUGCUGCUCGGCGUACAGCAUAGACAUUUGUGAUGCUAGUAGGCACCUGAGUCAAAACCCCUCAGCUCAGACAUGGCGUAUGCCUGCAGUCCUCUACUGCAAGACAAAUCUGAUUGGUGUAUGGAAAUCCAGCAUCAGAAACUUCGUUUUAAUAUGGGGCGGGGGGAUCAUUUGUCCUUUUGAUAUUCCGUGUCCACGGCCCUGAGCCGAGUGAUCCACUUGGAUUUGCAGAGCACGGAAGCCGGCAUCCCCCACUGCUUGCUGCAGCGGAUCUUGCAGGACGGCUUCCGGGAGUACACUCCGCAGGCGGUCGCCAACAUUUGCAACUCGUUGGUCCGAGUGCUGCCGAAGGUGCUGGCGAGAGCCAAGGUAUUGCAGAUGAAAGAACAAAGGAACAACUCGUGUAGUACUAGUAGUACAACCACAAGUACAACCGCUUCUAGCGAACACAAUAAAGCGAACAAAUCGACGUCGAAGCCCGUUUCACCACAAAAUAUCAAAUGUAAAAGUGUCUGGGUCUGGAAGAAUGCAUGUUUGUCAUGCUUGUCUGGCAUGACCCGUAAAUCUGUCAUGCGCGUCACCCAAGAGUCCCAUUUUUCUGUCAUGCAGAAACGCAGUUUGUCAUGCAGAAUAGGCAACACCUAGAACCUCAGAAACUUGUCAUGCUGGGCCAGCACUUGUGGCCUCAUCAUGAGACGCCACGCAGCAUCACAAGUUUCCAGACAUCCAGGGAUUUUUACAUUUGAUACAAAAGGCCGACGAGCAAUUGCCGAUGAUCCGGAAGAUAUCCCACGAAAAAACUGUUUCACUGUGAUGAUUUUGCAAGAACCGCAUCACAAGUUUGCUACACAUGACCCAGAAAAUUUGCCAUGCGCGUGUCCCAAGGGAAAGCACGCUUAAAAAUCCAAUGUCUUGCAGGUGUAGCAAGACAAACAGUUUGGUGUUUUGUUCUCUGCAUCACAGGUUCACAGUGAAACAGUUUUUUCAUGCGAUAGAAAAUUUUCGAGAACGCGGUUUGCUUCCUCGCGGAAAAAUUGCUGGAAUCCUACGAGAAUUGCGACAAUUUUUCCACGGACAGUGAACACGAAGAGGAACAGGUGGACAGGAACAACGAACAGCAGGAAGUAUUGACUGGUGCAGCAGGAGAUGUUGAGAUCAACGACUGCAGCAGCAAGAACUCUACCGCUAGUAGCAAGACAUCAUCAAACUCAUUCGACAAGCAGCUGUCCGCUUUCCAGGCCAUGAUCGAAAACGGAGAGAGGGAGUUGACCCUGGAAACCGCCAACACGGCCUUGAGGCUUUACAGCACCGCGUUAUCAAAUGUAAAAAUGUCUGGGUCUGGAAGAUUGCCGGGUUUGUCAUGCACAUUUUGCAUGACUCCUCAAGUCUGUGACGCAUGCCCUAGCAUCACGGAUUUUUAGAGGGCUUCCUGAUGCCUAUUCCGCAUGACAAAUGCUCUAUCCGUGCUGCAAAAUUUGGACUCUCUUUGCUGCUCAUGCAAUACAGAUUUUUUUAGAAUCCAAGAUCAGCAUGACAAGUUGGAUUCUUCCAGACCCAGACACUUUUACAGUUGAUACGCGUGGUUCAAAAACGACGACCUACAGCUGUCCCUGUACGACCUGCUGAAGAUGCACAGCUUCGCGUACUGUUUCAACGGCUUCAAGCCGCAGGAGCUGGUAAACCUCGUGUCGGCGUUCGCGAAAGUUGCAGGGACUUUGGACUUAUUUUUCCCGACCACAAUUUAUUCCGGGUCGUUGGCGACGAACUCGGAAGUAGAAAACGGGACGGGGAAGAAGAGACCGCAGAACAAGCACCAGCAGCACCGGGUUUUGUUUCACAGACUCUUCCGUUUGGUGUUGUUGGAAAUCGUGGAGCGGGCGGCGGCCAUUAAAUUCACCGGCGUCGUGCAGCGGGAAUUGUCGAAUUUCUGCUGGGCGUUGCAGAAGCUGAACGUGCUUCCCUCGCAAGUGCUGACGCCACUUUUGAAGCGGGUCAACAAAGACCAUUCGACCGGGGAAAAAUCGCUGACGGACAGUUUCAAACCCCAAGAAAUCGUGACUUUGCUCCACUGCGCGACGAAGUUGUGGCAAAGCUGCUCCUCUAGUACUUCCGGGGCCGGGUCAUUUUCCUGCGAAGAUGAGGAAAUCAUCGGUGCUGGCUCCGGGGGCAAGGUAACCCAGGCAGCCACUGGAGACGAGGAGAAAGGAACUACAAGCGCGAAGAGCAAAAGGCAGAAACGGCCCUACGACCUGUCGCCUAGCGAGGAGGACUUGGGGAAAACGGACGAAAAAUCGCAACUGCGGGUGGAAAUUUGCAAGUUGCUACAAAAGCUGAUCGUGCAUCAACAUCAGGGAACUACUACUGGUACUACCCCGCAAAUGAAGGCUGGUGCGGCUCCUUCAUCUGCGGUUACUGAUAUCAAAGCCUCGUCCAAAGAAGGAGAACAGCCUGCAGGUCGUGUUGGGAAACAAGAUAUAAUGAUUAACGGGAACAACAACAAGGCGAGCGGAAUGAAUAACGUGCUGGUAAAAGAUAACGCGACGCCUUUUGCCCAGUACAACUUGCAAGAUUUGUCGAACCUGCUGUAUUGCGUGGCCCAGGUGGUUCCACAAUCCGAGUUGCACAACUUGAACGGCGACAUCCACAAGUUCAUCAAAAGAACCGCUCUAGAGUGCCGAAAGAAGGCGGGAGAAGUGGCCACAAGCACAGCAGCAUCCUCAACUAGUACCGGCGGACAGGUGACUUCUAGACAAAACAGCAGUAUGAUAACCUCCACUUCUCACAAGCAAGACAACGCUAGUACAACCUCUGAGAUCAGCAGUGUCCUGUUCUCUUUGCAGAGACUGAACUUCUGCGACCCAGGCUUGUUGUUAUCGUCCGCCGACUUGAUAAUCUAUCAGGCGAAACGGGCGGAGGUGAAGCUGCAGUUGCAGCCUGGAGGUGGAGAUCAUCGGAAAGGAAAUCAAGAGCUGGAAAUGCACCUCCGCGCAGAGGAGGAGGACCAUGGGAAAAUAAAAUCAUUUGAGAUGUUAAAAACCCCCGGAACUACGGGAUCAACAACAAAAGCAGCAGCAGCAGCAAAAGACUUCAAACCUUGCCUCCGGCCCACCGUCGGGAGACCGGACCUUUUGGACAGGUCCUCCGACGCCCUGGCGCGCUUGGUGAGCACGGUGGGCUCCUGGGCGAAGUGCGGGGCUUUUCAAGCGGAGUUUUUCGACAACUUUCUCCCCCUGAGCGCGGCGCUUUGGCCGGAGUUCUCGAUUGCGCAAAAGGCCGACGUUCUCUGGGCGGUCGGUGCGGUAAAAGGGAUUUACUUCUACGGUUCUGGCUCUUCGAAGAAAGCGACGGUGGCCGGGAAAAGAGUGCUGUUGUUGAACGGGGGCAUGGACGUUUUAUGUGCAUCCUCCUCGAGCAGGAAAACCAACGACACACCUGUUGCUGUUGAAACGACGUAUCAGGCCGACGAAGGGACUUUGCGGGCCAUGGAUGCGUUUUUCCGGGAGAAAAUUCGUCUGUUACCGGGAGAGGACACGGGUAAGCUGCUCCACAACAGCUUCCGCGGGGAAGCCCUCACCAGGGUCGCGUUUGCAAUCUACAGCGAAGAGAUCAACAUGAAUACGGCGGCGCAGAAGCAGCAGGAUCACGCUCUACUUCAUAGUGCUUCUUCUUCUUCAUCUUCUGGAAGAAGCUUGGCUCCUGCUCUUUUUGAUGUGCCGGCGGGAUGGCGGGUAGGGGGUCUAGCGGGUGUCAAGCCAGCACAAGUAGAGAACAAAGAGAAUGAGCACGAUUCUACUUGUUCUGCCAACAACGACCAGAGCAGGGCCAAGCAGGGCGCGCUGGAGCACUUGGUUUCCAAGGAAAUUUUCGAAAGCGUGAAAUCCCUCGGGGGACUGCGAAUUUUCACGGAGCACGACAUUCUCGCGAACGGCUGGGGGGAUAAAAAUUUGGGGAACCUCAAGGGAACUACAGGUAGUAGAACCGUGGAUAGUAAAAAUGACGAGAAGGUGGACCAUCAGAUUUAUGCAAGAGCUACGACCUCCGUACAGCAGUUACAGAACCUUUUCAAAGUCGACUUCUGCUUGCGGCUGGAUAAGGAGCAGAAAACAAACGAAAAAACCGCGUUCAUCGUAGAGGUGGACGGCGAUUUGCACACGAUGCGAGUCCUGGAUACUACUACCGUGCUGGAGGAGCCUUCUUCUGCUCCUAGUGCUCGUGGUAGAGUAGAUCAACAUGCGGUCAGCACGACUGCCGGGAAGACAAAUAUUAAAGUCGACCGCGUGAGCACGGGUAGCACGCUGCUGCGGAACCAGGUGUUUCGGAAUCUGCGAUACUCGUUCUACGUGAUCUCUUGGGCGAGUUGGAGCAACGCGCCGAAGGACAACAAAACCGAGUGGGUCCGGAAGAUUCUGGAAAAGAAGCGCGACACACUGGUGAAAAGAACGAACAAGGCAGCUGGUUCUACUUCGAGACCGGACGGUGGCAGCUCUGUACCAGGGGUGGUUGGCAAGAAGAAGCCUUGUGCAGGACGAGCAACCCCAGGAGCACCGGGCCUUCCCCCUGCUGGAGCUGAGAAGAAGACGGGAAGUCGUGGAGGUGCAGGUAGCGAUAGCACGACGCGAGGUCCUGUUCUGACAGCAGGGGAUGAAGUGGGAGAAGCGGACGAUGUGGACACUGCUGCUGUUGCGGCAGAUCUUGUCCAGGAGGUCGAGGAAGCUACUGCUGCUAAUGCCUCUCUAGUCGGGAAUGCAGACUGCAAAGCGAAGGUGGAACGGGACGAGGAAGAUGUGGAAAAACCUUUGAAGCGGCAGAAGCAGGCCGAGUAGAAACGAGAGCGCUGGAACCAUGCAGAGUACUUAGAACUUCAACUCUUUGCGCCUUCACUUGCAUUAGUGCUUACAACGAGCAAGAAGUUCGGCCAGGGACCACUAGUGCAUUGACUGCAGGUAGAAAGGGGGUGCACACUGCCUGAUGAAUGCUUGCUAUAGAAACUACGAGUGCAGCUGAACAAAGAUGAAACCGUAGCAAUAAACGCUGUUUCAAUGCUCGUGCGACUUUACUUUUAUUUCGAAAUAAUAAAGCGACUUCAACUAGUACAUGCAAACACGACCACACAUUAAUUCCGCGAUAAAAUGCUACGCAGAAAAUCUGCUCACGAU